GAGCUUUGAAAGACCUCAUAAGCAAGAGAAGAGAGAGAGAGAGAGAGAGAAGAGGGGUGGCGUCCAUGGAAGCUCACAGCAAUGAAGAUUUCGCGGUCGGGUGUAUACUCUCCAUCAAAACCACUUUCGGUGAAGAAUUUGAAGGCCAAGUGAUCACCUUUGACCGCCCCUCCAACAUCCUUGUUCUUCAAGAAGGAGGGAAUUCAGGGUCAGGACCAAAGAGGAAUUUACGGUUAUUGAAAGCUAAUUAUAUCAAGGAUUUUGCUCUCAUGGGCCAUGGAGAAGACCCACUUGAUGCCAACAAGUGUUUUCUCGAUCUGGAUACUCUAAAGGCUAGAGAGGAUUCUGCAAUCAGACAAGCAGAGUUGGAUGCAGAGAGAUUUGGGGUUGGUGUCACAGCUGAGGCUCAGAGUAUAUUUGAUGCUUUGGCUAAAACGCAUCCAGUGCGCUGGGACAAGACAGUCAUCGUUGUGAUGAAUGAGGUGCGUGUUAGCAGCCCCUACCUUCCCGAGUCUGUGAAGGGAGGUACCCCUGCUGCAAAUGAGAGGGUGCGGAAAGUGCUUGAAUUUGAGAGGAAGAGACUGCAAACUCGUAAUGCUUGACAGUGGCGCCUUUGAUCCCAUACUCCCUUCGUGGGAAUGCAUCAGAGGUCUUCCGGGGAAAUGCAUCAGAAUUCUAGCGUUCAUAUUUGUAAGAGAUUCCGGGUUUUAUAAUGCUAACUAAAACCCUCUCGUGCUCCCGAGUUCCACCCCCCUGCCGCCAUGCACCUUAUACCGACCCUUUUUCAUUUCAUCUUUUGCUGUACCGUUGCUUUCUGGAUGUGCCAAGAGACCAGUGUGUUCUGAAACGGCUAACAGGUCAUUCAGUUCUCUCUGUCAAUCCUCGACUUAACAUUAUGUUUCGUGUUUCGUAUCAAUGUUAUAAAGUAAUCAGUGCAGAUUUUGCAUAUUUUACCUCCCUUAGUACUUGUUACAUUCUCUUCUUUUAGAUUAAUUUCACUUUUUUUUUUGCCC